CUUAUCUAAAAUGGUUCGAUAUUGCGUUUUGUGUUGUAAUCAUGAUGAAACAGUGUCUUACCACAAAUUUCCAAAAAAUGUGCAAAUAAGAAAAAAAUGGAUAGAGUUUUGUAAUUAUGGUGAAAAUUUUGUGGUCAAAACUUCUACUUAUUUAUGCUCAAAACAUUUCACGGAAAAAGAUUACCUACUUACAGCAACUAGGAAAAUUUUAAUGAGUGGAAGCAUACCAUCUAUUUAUCGUGUCAAAAAAAGAAAAAGGAAUCAAAAUAACAGCAAAGUUGAGAUUGCAAAAUCCUACAAAAGUGAAUAUAUGGUAAAUAUAUGUCAAGAGGAACCAUGCUCAACAAUAGUAUGUAAGGAGGAACCAUCAUGUUCAACUACAAUAAAUGUAUGUAAAGAGGAACCAUCAUAUUCAACUAUAAUAACUGAUAAAAAUAUAGACGAAUUAAUUCCUGAGAAAGAGAAAAUUGAUCAUGGUAUUGAUGGAAUGUCGCUGAUGAACUUUACUCAUCCAAACCCUCCACAUGAACCACGUUAUAUUGGUGAUAUUAAGAUAUCACAUUUAGCUACACCAGAAAGAGCUGAAAGAGCUUUAAAUCUAGCAAAACUCACAGUAAAAAAACAAAGAAGGAAAAUUUUAACUUUACAACAAACAACUGCUAGAUUGAGAAAGCGUAUUAAAGUCAUGAAAGCUUUGAUAGAUCAUCUAAAGAAAAGAAUGUUAGAUCAGAUGGUGCUGCUGAACGAUAAUGGUAUAAUUUGACAAAAUUGUAUAUAAUAAUGAAUCAAAAUGAAUUGACAUACAAUCCAGAAAUUAAUAAUA